CGAAGCCAUGUUUUCGUACCUGAUCAAUUCAAUCAAAUGCACGGUUUAUAUUGCGUGAAUAGAAUAGGAAGACUCAUAGAAGAACGCCGAAAUACAUGGAUCUCAUGACAUUUUGAUCGCUUUGAUUAACGUACUAACUUAGGAGAGGUAGAGAUGGGUCAGACGUUAUCCGAACCUGUCACUGCCAAAGAGACGUCAGGAUGUGAGAACCAUCUUUGCAAGGUCGGUGCCUCCUGCAUGCAGGGAUGGCGAAUCAACAUGGAAGAUGCACACACACAGAUCCUUGCUAUCGAUGAUGACAAGGAUUCUGCUUUCUUUGCAGUGUAUGAUGGCCAUGGAGGAGCCAAAGUAGCUCAGUACGCAGGUCAACAUCUGCACCGUAAGCUAGCCAACCAGUCAACGUACAAGAGAGGAGAAAUCAGCACAGCUAUUAGAGAAUCAUUCUUAAAAAUAGAUGAAGAUAUGCUCAAAGAUGAAGCGAUGAAAGACGAACUAGCCGGUACCACAGCUCUAAUUACUGUGAUGAAAAAUAAUAAAAUUUAUUGUGGUAACGUAGGUGACUCGCGUGGUGUAAUGAGUAUCAGUGGGCAUGCAAAGCCACUAUCAUUUGACCAUAAACCAAGCAAUGAGAACGAGAGUAAGAGGAUAAUAGCAGCUGGAGGAUGGGUAGAAUUCAAUAGAGUAAAUGGAAACCUUGCAUUAUCAAGAGCAUUAGGAGAUUUUGUCUUCAAACGAAACCUGAGUAAAGGACCUGAGGAGCAGAUAGUGACAGCUGUACCUGAUGUAACAGAGACAGAAAUCCUCCCCGAUUCAGAGUUCUUAUUAUUAGCAUGUGAUGGUAUCUGGGAUGUGCUCACAAAUCAGGAAGUAGUGGACUUUGUACGAAGCAGGAUAGGGAAUAAAAUGGAUCCAGAAAAGAUAUGUGAAGACUUGAUGACAAGAUGUCUUGCUCCAGACUGUCAGAUGGGAGGGCUCGGGUGUGAUAACAUGACCGUCGUCCUCGUGUGCUUGCUCCAAGGAAAAUCAUAUGAUGAACUCAAUGCAAAAUGUGCAAAACCAAAGUCUGAUAAGUGUCCGUUUGAGAUCGCUCCUGUGCAGCUGUAGGUGUGGAGACGGUAGAAAUCCCUGUCAAUUUUGCAAAGUGAACGCUACCUGGAUAAAGCCAAUAGCAUGGACAGACAGACAGCAAGCAAUGGCUGGUUUGUGUAUGUAUCAGCAUUUUGUGAUCAUUUCCCCCCUGAUAAUGCUCUGUGUGUAGACGUGAGAAUGUUCUUCAAAUCUGUUCCAUCUUAUAUGUAAAAGAAAUUCAUUGUUAAUUCUGGUUUUCGUGUGUGUACAACAUUGUCCUCAUUGGCGGUGUGUUUUAUUUCAUGAUCACUACAGAAAUCACAACAAUUUGUUUCUUUGUAUUUUGUUGAUCCUGUCAGAGCCAAACAAGAAAAUUUAAGAAUGUAUUGGCCUCCUUCUAGUUAUUUCAAAUUUGGAGGUAGGCAGACAUAAAAAAAAUCAUGAUCUUUCACCUUCUUAUUGGAAUCCCACUCUGAAAUUGCCCCCUUGUUCCGGAGGUGCUUCCAGAAUGCAGUAGUGAUGAUGUCAUCCCGAUGAUGUUCUGCUUUCUCUCGAAUGAUUUUGACAUCAUAACGAGACAAGCCACGCACUUACUGGAGGUUGUCAUCAGUCCAGUGUUUACCCCUUUAUUAACCUCAAUACAUCACAAGACUCAAAGUGAUAUCCAUCUCAUAGUCAGUAUGAUUAUAUUGAGUUUGUGUUCAGUAGAGCUCAGCUUAUUUUUGACUUGCUGUAUGCGUUUUGUGUUUGGUCAUGAGAACACUCAUCAUCACCAUCAUUGUUGAGCGUCCGUUUUUCCUACACCACGCUUUAGGGCGUUUCAUUUCCUUUAUUGCCCUUCUCCAAGCUGUCCGGUCUUCAUCAUCCGCUGGGGUGAGACCAGAUGCCCUCAUGUCUUAUCCUAGUGUCUCCUUGGGCAUUUUGAGCCGGUGUUUUGAGCCAGCCAUCUUCGCGAGGGAUCCGAUUUCUUCUUCCUGCAUACUUCUUUUGAUCCUCUUUUCUAUUUUUUCACUUCCUCAUCGAGGUGACCUAUCACAUAAACCGAUUGAUGUUCAUAUGCCUCAAAUCCAUGCAGAGAUCAUAUUGUUCAUUGUGGAGGAAAAAAGAAUGCCAAAUAUAGGUCAAGGGUCAUGUAUGAAAGCUACUAAAAUAAUAAUAAUAUUGGAUUCUUAUAUAGCGCACGUAUCGACCUUGCAAGGUCCUCAAGGCGCUCCAACAUUACCCGGCUAUGCUAGGCUGCCGAUUUCGAUGCUCACAACAUUCAAAGGAAUUCCUUCCUACCGGUACCCAUUUAAUACAGAAUAUUAUGUUACUGUACACCUCACAUAGCAUCAGUUUGUCAUAACUUACAGAGCAAAGCAUUACAAAGCACCACAAAGCACUUUUAACAGGGUACAUAUGAAACAUUAGAAGUUGAAUUGAAAAACCAGUGGCUUUGUUUGAGGAUUAAUUCAGACUCUGUGUUCCGACAUCAUCAUUUGACAACAUCUGAUAUAUCGGGAGAUUUCAGACAUUCUUAUCAGGCCCGCCCUUGUACAUUUUCUUGAAAAUGUUUAUGAUUAUGUGAUGUCUACACAUUUGUUUUUAUCCUGUGAUGUUGUAAAUUGUGUGUUCACCUUUUGAUUUAGAUUUCUAUUUUAUUUACAUCUUUAUUUCUAGCACGAUACAAUCCCCAUUGAUUAUGAAACAUGAUUUUGAAAACAAAACGCAAACCAUUCUUCAUUUACUUGGAUGUUUUCUAUUGAGCAUAGAUAUAUUUUAUACUACCAAUGUUCUAUUGAAUUCUCGAAACGUAUGAUUUUUCAUGUUGUGUUUUUCAAUGUAGCGAGUACAUGUAGAUUGUACUGUCAAAUAGAUUAAUGUAGAGCGUGAUGUUGAUUUAAAGGGUGCUAAUACCUUGUGCCCCAAAUCACUAACAGAGAUAAGGUUAGUUAAAAUCCGGAAUAGGCAUUGAGUCUGGAAGCGAUGUGGAAGGUGGGAUUUGAUAAACGAGUACCGGUAAGAGAAUUAGAGUUCUGUGUGUGUGAAAAGAUGCACAAUUUUAUCGCUUGUUGUUUGUCAAUAACUGUAAGAUAUGUUAAUUGUAUUAAAACUUUUUCAGAAGGGUUUAAAAGUUGACUCUCUGAAUUGUACAUGAAUCUGUAAUUAAACAAAAAGAAGAAAAGAAUAGAUUGUAUGUAUAUGAUGUCAUGUAUUCAGAGUGUUAUCCACAUGUAAGAUGGGAAUCAAACAUAAUAUAGUAUGAGUGUGUAACUAGUGUACUGUUAUUGAUUCCUGUUUAAUGACGUGAUGCACCUGUAUUUCAAAUGGAGGUCUUCCGACCAUGUGUUGUUACAUAGAGCCAGCCAGCCAAACUCAAAUGCCGUUUGCUGCUUGUUCAAAAAGUCAAGGGUUAUUUUAUAGGACUAAAAUGCUUAUUUUGGAAACGCCGUCAGUCAGCCUGUAUUGUAAGAGAAAUGGUUUCAGCUUUUGCUCUUCAAAUUGGCUACACUAAGUAUUUCUUACUGCUUCUACAAGCAUUGUUCUCCUACAUUGGAAAUGUAACAUAUAUAUUCAAUAUUCAUAUUGAUGCUAACAAUUUGCCAAUUUGUAUGAGAAGAUUUAGGGUGAACUCAAGUUGCCAAUUUAAAGAUGGGAUGCUUGUUUUCCUAGAAAAUAUUCCAUUCAACGAAAUACAUCCUGCUGCAUUGAAGAAAAACAAAUGCCACCGUAUUUGUGCUGGAUGCAUAUUUUGUAAUAUGGAGAAUUCUUUUCUGAUAUCGUAAAUUGUGAUCUGUAGGAUCUGAAUGUGCUUGGGUAAGUGGAAUUAGCAUGCAUCUGAGAUGUGGAUUUUAAUCCUGCAGCUAUGUGUAAUUACUACAACAUAGCGUUGUGGUCCAAAACUACCAAGUUUGUUUGGUAUUUUGUUCAUACUACUACCUGUACUGUUAAUAUUCCACCGCUAGUUCCUGAGGUGUGGUGACAAAAGUAGGAUGUUGUGCAUACUGAUUUAUGGAAUGUGCUCUGACCAAGGUUGAUGUUGCUACUACAGUCAAACCUGUCUAUAGCGACCACCCAAGAAAAACACAAAAGUGGUCUUUGUAGACAGGUUCCUUUAGUACAUAUUUCAAUAAUAAACCAUUUUCCAGGAAAACAAAAAAAUGUGGUCUUUGUAGACAGGUGGUCACUAAAGCAGGUUUGACUGUAUCUCAGUUUGUGAAUACCAUUUCCUUAUUAAAGUUGUAUGCUUCUUGGGUGUUGUUAUGAUCAUGUCAGAACUGCCAAUGUUACAAAAUCACUCUUUUUAACGCAUUUGUUAGGUGUCUGUUUACAAAAUUUGGAAUAGAUCCUUUAUGUAAAUUCGUUAUAGUGCUAAAUCCAUUCAGUCAUAUCCAGAUAUAUCUGAGAAUACGCAUACUGGUACGUAUUAAACUUUAGAGCACAUAUCGUAAAUGAUAUUACUGCAGAGAAGAAAGUUAUCUUCAUGUAGAAGCAACAUUUAGUCAAGGAUGAAGGUUUGUCUGUGGGGGCAAAAAGAAGACAUUUUGACCGUUUCAAUUAUAAUGUCUACAGCUGGACCCCUUUAAUGAGUUAAACACUGGUCUCUGUUUCUGGUAGGAAAGAAAGGAUGUAGCUGAUACUUAAAUAAAAACAAAAAAUGCCCAAUGUUUACAUUAAUGCGGCAACACUGGUCUUCCAUACUUUAAUAGUCCCAUUUUGCCCAUGAUACAUCUAAAUGCUGGGAAGUCCCAAUUAUUAUUCAAUCAUUUUAGUGUAUUUAUUAAAUUAUUGCUUAUUUUUUGGUUGUAUCAUUUCCUUUUCUGCUUUAUAUUGUCCCUGUGCCUUUUUGUAAAACAUAGCAACACCUGUAUUGAAGGUUAAUUUCACGCACAUGAAUAUUAGGAGGAACAUUUUGAGUGCAGGAAAAUAAAAGGUAUUUUGAUUGGCAUUGUAUGAGUCAAAAUUAGGAUAAGUAAAGUUCCGGUGAACUUUAAUCGCAUGGUGCAUAUCAUCACCUACAUGUACAAGGACGUUACCUCUGUGUGAAAGUUUAAGGGUCAAUGACCUACUGGCUCUCAGCAUAUCAUAUCUUCUAUGUAUUUACAUUUUUUUUCAAGAAUUAAUAUAUUGCAUUGAUAUAACACAAAGCUAUUGACUUCUGAUUUAUUGAUUAAUCCAAGUAGUCUGGAUCAAUAGCAUUUCAGCUAAAUCUUUUGAUUUAGUUUGACAGAUUAUGAGUUUGCUUGAAUAAAAGGGUUUACAUGUACUUUGAUGAUAGAAGUAUGUAUUUGUACAGCGGUGAAUUGUAUGACGAGAUUAAACUAUUAAUGAAACAGAAAAGCAUUGAUUUUUUUUCUCAUAAAUAUACCAUUUUUCUGCCUCUUAGUUUGUCUCUUAUCAACCCAUUUCAUUGUUUUGCUCUCUGAAAAUUUGGAUUCUUGGAUACCAUUCUCAUUUCUCUCUAUUUUUCUCAAUAUAUAAGAAUAUUAAAUCAUGUGAUUUCAUAUUUCACAGUUUAGUAAACUUUAAGAGGCCCAAUAAGCUUCAUACAAGAUGUUGUUCAUUUCCAGUAAAAAUAGUAUUCUCUGUUGACUCAUAUUACAUUAAUCAAGACGAAUGUUUUCCCAUUUUAUAAUUCACCGCCACAAUAAUUUCAACACUGAAAGAAGCAGACAGAAUUCAAGAUUAAUGCCGGAAGCUCAGAAUGCUGUUUCAUCUUUGCAAAUGAAUCCCUUACCUCACAAAUCUCAGCCAUUUUGUACCGAGUUCAUAAAUACUUCAUUCCCGUAAUCUCGUUUUGUUUUGUGGGUUUAUUCUUUUUGACAUCAAAGAGGGUUUGUGUUUUUGUCUCACACGUUGGGGCACCAAACUGUGUUGUGAUUUUGAUCAAGUUGUAUCGUGUUUAAAAGAUUAAAUGUACUGAUGAAAUUCAUCAUACAUGUGCAUCUAAUUGCAAAGAAAAAUUAUAUAUAUAAUGCAGGAUUGGUGAUUUCUGCAAACCCUGUGCUGUGAUGUUUUAGGAUAUACACUUGUACUGAUGUGUAAUGAUUGCUCUAAUGAAGACACAAUUCAUCUGUUCAGAACCAGAAGGCUGUUAACUCUGUGUUAUUAAAAGCAUGAGUUAACACCCUUCUGGCUCCAAACAGACCAAUUCAUUGUAAACCCCCUCUAUCGUUCAUGUUGUUAGCUAACUGAUGUUCUAGAGAGUACUGCAUUUGAAUAUUUUUGAAGAAAACAAAUAAUAAUGAAUUGAAGAUGACUUGUGUGUAUGUGAUCACUAUGUAAAUAAAAACUUAAACCCACCUUGGUUUGCCUCCACUUA